AUGGGAGAACACACCAAUCUCCACCUCGAUCCAGAACAAGUACAGGACCGAGACCAACAAGAAGAAGAAGAAGAAGAAGAAGAAGCACUCUCUCUUUGCGACUUCCCACUCGAAGGCAGGAACAAAGAAAGCCCUAACAUAGCCACCCACAGCAGUGCAAGAUCAUCAUCCGAGCCUGCUGAAUUCUUCGAGUUCUUUAGCGACCUAAACUCGGAGAUGCGUUCAGCUGAAGACAUCAUUUGUCGUGGUAAGCUCGUUCCCUUCAAAGAACCCUACUUCACUCCCCAAAAUCAAUCUAAAGAAGACAAACAACGCAUUUCUUUUCGUCGCCGCUGCGAGUCACUAUCUGAGUUCCAAAGUUCUGUAAGUCGUUCAAAUAGUACCAAGAAUAAUAUUUCACUCAUGAGAAACAGUCGGUCUUUGGAUUAUCGCAAACUUGAAAGGUUUUCUAGCUCUAAAAAAUUUUCACCGGAAUUCGAUAUUGAAAGAAGUUCAUCAUUAAAGAGUAUUCAUGCAAAAGGUGAAGUUAAAAAGACGGCCUCGAAGCCCCGAUGGUAUCUGCUGAUGUUCGGGGUGGUCAAGCCUCCUACAGAGAUGGAUCUUAGCGAUAUAAAAAGCCGACAAGUUCGCCGGAAUUCUUCGAUGACCAUGUUCCCACAUGUUGAUGCCGACGGAAAGAAAGCUCCGGUUAACCAGAAUUCUAUUAGCAAGGGGUCUUGUAGAUUGCUUAGAGUAUUAAGCUGCAGGGAUCCUGCCAGUGUUUCUGUAGCGACAUCGUUCCUGGUGCCCCAGGUGGGUACAGAGAGAAAAGAAGUGAAUGAUGAUCACGAGACUCCCGCUAUUGGCAUAAUUGAAAACAUCGAUAUCAUCUCCGAUUAUACCUAA